CACUUCUCAAUCUUCCACUUUUCAAAACCACAUAACAAAUCCCUACUCCUACUCCCCCAACUCCAUAAUCUCUUUGAUUAUAUUAAAAGUUGAAAUCUCUUCAACUACUCAAACCCCUUUUCAAAAUCUCAACUUAUUUUUUUUUUCCAUUUUUCAACAUAUAUAUCACUUAAUCAAGACUAGGUUUUUUCACAUUCUAAUGGCACAAAAGCAUUUGCAUGAGCUUUUGAAAGAAGAUCAAGAACCAUUUCAACUUAAAAAUUACAUUGCUGAUAGACGUUGUCAGCUCAAAAGAGAAACUUACUUACAAACAUACAAAAAACCAAGAACCAAAAUUAUUACAGAAACAACCUCAACUUCAACUUCAACUUCUACAUUAUGCAAACAUGCUUGUUUUUUCUCUUUUCAAGAUUCACCUGAUGUUAGAAAAUCACCUCUCAACAAUUUCCCAUCACCUAUAACAAAUUGCAAAAAUAGCCCAAAAAGAAAAGUUUUUCUUCAUAUCCCUACUACAACUUCUUCUUUACUUCUCGAAGCUGCAAUUAGGAUCCAAAAACAACAGAAUUCCAAACCCAAAACACAAAUUAACAAAGUGGGGUUUGGUUUAUUCGGGUCAAUUUUGAAGAAACUCAAAAACAGGAGCAGAAACAAUAAGAGAGAAAUCAAGAAUGAGGAGGAAAUUAGUGUACAAGUGAAAAGUGGCUAUUUUUGUAAUAAUAGUAGGUUAAGUAGUGCUGGCUGGUCAGAAAGUAAUGAAGAAAAAUCAAUGGAUUUUGAGACUUCAAGUAGUUGUAGGUCUGAUAAUGAGGAGGAAAUUGAGGAGGUUGAAUGUGAAAAUAAAUAUUGUUCAAGUCCUACAAGUCCUUUUAGAUUUUCUCUUCAGAAAUGUCCGUCCACCGGUUGCCGGACGCCGGAGUUCUCAUCGCCGGCAGCAUCUCCGACUCGCCACAAGAAAGAGGACAAAAAAAAUUAUGAAGCAAUAGGUUUGGCUAAUAUUGAACAAGAAGAUGAGGAGAAAGAACAAUGCAGCCCGGUUUCUGUCUUGGAUCCUCCAUUUGAUGAUGAUGGACAUGAAGGUGAAUAUGAGGACGAGGACGAAGACGAGGACGAGGAAGACGAUGAUUGUGAUGUUGAAUGCAACUAUGCACUUGUACAGAGAGCACAGCAACAACUUCUCUAUAAGCUUCGUAGGUUCGAGAAACUAGCUGAGUUGGAUCCUAUUGAACUCGAGAAACUCAUGCUCGAUGAAGGAGAAGAAGACAACGACGAUCUUGAAGAGGAAGACGAUGAUGAAGAUUCGUUAUCAUCAUACAGAUACAGGGAUUUCGAUACAUUUGCAAGUGAAGUAACAAUCCCUUAUGACAUGAAAAAGCUAGUGUCCGACCUGCUUUCCGAGGAGAAGACCGAAACUAACAGCUCGAACAAUAGGGAAAUCGUCUUCGGAAGAGUAUGCAGGAGGUUAGAUUCAUGGCAAUAUGUGAGAUCAGACACCAUUGAUAUGAUGGUUGAAUCUGAUUUGCAAACCGAGUUUGAUGACUGGAAAAAGUUUCAAGAACAAAGGGAAGAAACAGCAAUGGAAGUUGAGAUCUCAAUAUUUAGGUUAUUAGUACAAGAAUUAGCAGAGGAGUUAGUAGUUUUGGCCUAAUACACAGAGAUCUUGCCUGUUCUUAUUCUACUUUAGUCUAACUUUGUACUAAGACUUAGGCUAGUUUUGUAAUGUAAUCCAAAGAGUUCUUUGGGAUAAGACAAUAGUAUUAGUAGUAGUUUUUAGUACAAGUACUUAUCAUGUAUAUGUGAGGGAAAGGUAAAUUCUAUCCUAUUUCAUGAGAUUUAGUACAACCCUCAAUUUUUCUUAAUAGAGGAAAUGAUCUUGUAUCCACAAGAUACUAUUUUUAUUUGAUUGUUUGUUGAAUUGAUAA